GAUCACGUGGUUUUGUUUUUGAUUGGAGCAGCGUUUUGUAGCAACAGCAGGGGACUCCUUGUUUUGCCUCUCAUCAAAUAAAGUCGAAAUAUGGCCGCUUCUGGCUUUAGCGGCGUUUUGAAACUGGCCGAUUUGGACGACUUCAUCACCCCAUCUCAGGAAUGCAUCAAGCCUGUCAAAAUUGAUCGUAAAGUAAAAGCAGGAGCCGAAGGCAGGUCGACAAUUCAAAUUGGAAAGGAUGGCAAAUACAUGCAAAUCAAUGCUGAUGGCCGAGCAAGUAAACUACAAAAGGUUGAAAUUACGCUGACUGAUUGUCUGGCAUGCAGCGGUUGUGUGACAACGGCGGAAAGCGUUCUCGUAUCUCAGCAAAGUGGGCCCGAAGUUCUUCGAAUCCUGACGGAAAAUAUGGAACUGCCAGUAAUAAGACGGCGGCAAAUUUUGGUUUCCCUCUCAAAUACUGCUGUGCUGUCUGUUGCAGCCAAAUAUAAAGUUGGUGCUCUUGAAGCAGCCAAAAGAAUAGCAGGUUUCUUCAAGUCUCUGGGUGUAAACCUUGUCUGUGAUUUGUCUGUUGCUGAAGACUUGGUGCUGCUGGAGUGCCAAAAGGAGUUUAUCGAAAAGAAACAGGCCGGAAAAGUGCCUGUCUUAGUUUCUGCGUGCCCCGGCUGGGUUUGCUAUGUCGAGAAGACACAUGGCUCGUGGUUGCUACCCUACCUGAGCACUGUCAAAUCCCCUCAGCAAUUGGCAGGGGCUUUGCUCAAAAAGACUGACAAGGCUAUGUACCACAUCACACUGAUGUCAUGUUACGACCGAAAACUGGAGGCUUCUAGGCCAGAUUUUGCCAACGAGGAGGGAAAAGACGUUGAUUGUGUCCUUACAGCUGUUGAACUUCAGCAAAUGUUUGAUAAUGACAAUAAGACGCUGCUCGACUUUGACCCUGAGGAGUUGGACCCCAUUCCGUAUUCAAGCUCCUACCAAAUAGUUGAUCACCUGUCAACUCCCAAAGGUUCAGGCUCUGGUGGCUUUACUGAAAAUGUUUUCAUUCAUGCAAGUCAACGAUUGUUUGGGGUUACCCCAGAAAAUCUCAACUAUAUUCCGGGGAGAAACCCCGAUCUGCAAGAAUUAAACCUGGAAAAAGAUGGAGAAGUUGUUCUGAGGUUUGCCGUUGCAAAUGGUUUUCGAAAUAUUCAAAAUUUGGUGCAGAAAAUCAAAAGAAAGAAAUGCCCUUACGAUUACGUUGAAGUUAUGGCAUGUCCUGGAGGUUGCCUGAACGGUGGUGCACAAUGUCGACCAGACCAGGCGUCCCAAUCUCGAGAACUUCUGGCUCAUCUGGAGCAUCAAUACAAAGAAGAGUUACCAAAGAGGCCCAGUGCUGAUUCUAACCUGGACAUCGUAGCUCUUGCCGAAAGUGUGAGUACUUUUAUGCACACGGAAUUCCAUGCAGUCGAAAUGGCACCGAAUGCAUUGAACAUAAAGUGGUAAAAAAGAUUUUGAAUUUUUUCUCGGCCAGGAAAUAAAAAUUCACUUGUUGAUUUA